AUGAUGGACAAUCAUACCACAGUGAGCACAUUCCUUCUGUGGGGGUUUUCCAGUUUCCCAGACUUGCAGGGUCUCCUCUUUGUGAUGAUUUUCUUCUCCCAUGUGACCAUCCUAGCUGCAAAUGUGUGCAUAAUGGUGGCCAUCAAGCUGAGUCACAACCUUCACACCCCCAUGUAUUUUUUCCUCUGUGGUCUGUCCUUUUCAGAAACUUGUACCACUAUGGCAAUCAUCCCCCGCACGCUAGUGGACUUGCUGUCAGAUAGCAAGGCCAUCUCUCUUCCUGAGUGUGCCACACAGAUGUUUUUCUUCUUUGGCUUGGGAGCCAAUAACUGCUUCAUCAUGGCUGCCAUGUCUUACGACCGUUACACUGCCAUUCACAGCCCACUGCGCUAUAAGAUCUUGAUGACCCAUAAGAUCUGCUUUCAGUUCAUCAUGGCCUCUUGGAUGGUUGGGCUCCUGGUUUCUCUGUGCAUCGUCAUCACUGUAUUCAACUUGUCUUUCUGUGACUCCAACAUCAUCGAGCACUUCUUCUGUGACAUCUCACCCGUGGUCUGCCUUGCCUGUGAUUACACCUCCCAUCACAAAAUAGCUAUUUUUGUGCUCUCUGCCUUCGUGUUGGUGGGCAGCUUUGUUUUCAUUAUGAUGUCCUAUGUCUUCAUUGUGUCCAGAGUUGUGAAGAUGCCCUCUACCAAGGGGAAGUAUAAGGCCUUCUCCACUUGCUCCUCCCACCUCACUGUGGUGUGCAUACACUAUGGAUUUGCUGGCUUUGUCUAUUUGAGGCCCAAGGACAGGGACUCAUUCCGUGAAGACAUGCUGAUGGCGGUGACAUACACAGUGCUGACACCUCUGCUUAACCCCAUCGUUUACAGUCUCAGAAACAAAGACAUGCAGACAGCUCUAAGGAAGGUAUUAGGCAAGACAAAUAGGUUCAUCCCUCAGAUGGGGAGUAGAAGAACACCAGACAUUAAAAAUGUACAGACUGUUGAUAAAUAA